AUGGGGACCCUCUCCCCACGGACAGUGCUGGUGCUCACUGUGGUGCUGGCAGGACUCUGGGCUCCCUGUGUGGUGUGUGAACAGCCCAACUUCAUUGUCAUCCUGGCAGAUGAUGUGGGCUGGGGGGAUCUGGGGGCCAACUGGGCAGAGACGAAGGAGACCCCACAUUUGGAUCAGUUGGCUGCUGAAGGGACAAGGUUUGUGGAUUUCCACUCGGCCGCAUCCAUCUGCUCCCCAUCCCGUGCCUCUCUGCUCACCGGGCGCCUCGGGGUGCGCAAUGGGGUGACCCACAACUUCGCCAUCACGUCGCUCGGUGGCCUCCCCCGCAACGAGACCACCCUGGCUGAGGUCCUGCAGGAGGUUGGGUACAGCACAGGGGCCAUAGGCAAAUGGCACCUGGGACACCACGGCCAGCAUCACCCCAACUCCCGCGGCUUCGAUUACUACUUUGGGAUCCCCUACAGCAACGACAUGGGCUGCACAGACACCCCUGGCUACAACCUGCCCCCCUGCCCGUCCUGCCCGCGGCACAGUGAGGCUUACAGCAGGGAGACGAGGAAGAAGUGUUACAUGGAGGUUGCCCUUCCUCUCUUUGAGAACGUCACCAUCAUCCAACAGCCUGUCAACCUCAGCAGCCUGGCCACGCGCUACGUGGAGGAGGCAGCACGGUUCAUCCAGCAGGCAAGUGACAACAGACGUCCCUUCUUCCUCUACCUGGCUCUGGCCCAUAUGCACGUCCCACUGGGUGUCCCCCCAUCACCCUCCACCUCCACCUACGGAGCCUCCCUGAGCGAGAUGGAUGCCCUGGUGGGACAGAUAAAGCAGAUUGCUGACAGCCAUGGGAAGGGCAACACACUUCUGUGGUUUGCAGGUGACAAUGGCCCCUGGGCACAGAAGUGUGAGCUGGCAGGACGCCUGGGGCCGUUUGUGGGGGCCUGGCAGAGGCAGAAAGGUGGGAGCUCAGCAAAGCAAACAACCUGGGAAGGAGGACACAGAGUGCCAGCACUGGCAUACUGGCCUGGCCACAUCCCUGCCAAGAGGACUAGCCACGCUCUGCUCAGGGUUAUGGAAACUCUGGCAGCCUUUGCCACCUGGCUGGGGCAAGGAGCCUGCCAGGACUGCUCCAUGCCUCUCCUAGCACAGGGAGUGGAGGG